AUGAAGCGACACUUAAUUCUCAAGUUUUUCUUCCUCGUCCCUCUUCUUCUUGUUGCACUUCCUCUGGCCUUUGGGGUCCAUUCAUUUGGCCGUGGCCCAACGAAUUUUGUCCCCCUCGGGACCCUUGGAUCAGUAUGCCAGGAACAAUCGGAAAUUUCGCCAUGUCGCCCAUUCUCGAUUUACGAGAAGGAAGCAAUUACGGGGUCACAAUAGUCAUUGGUGCAAGUUACAUCCAAGGAUUAUUCUUUUCGCAUCUUUUUACACCUAAUCAGGAACAGAAACACCACAACUUCUCCAUACAAGCGAAGUUCUUAGAAGUCAUGUUUGAAGAUUUAAACAUUUCUGGAAACAUUGACGCCCGUCCCCUCUCGCUACACACGCUUCCAUCUGGAAAUUUCUCCCUGACCUGCAAUACUUCAUCACGAUGUGGGGCUCAAGUCACCAACUUUUUCGUGGAGGGACGAGGCACCCCGGUCUACGCUUUCUCGUCAAUAGACAGGCGUUUGUAUUAUUAUUUCUCCGAGUUGGAAAUCGACCACCUUUCUUUUGACGAAUUGUCCCUGAAUUUCGGUGACCUACGAAUUGACGGCAAGAAGUUUGACGUGCAGAAAUGGAACAAACACUUCAAAAAGAGAUUGUUCCAUGACUUGAGCAAACCUGAGGUAAAGCUCGGAUUCGUGGACAAAGUGCGACAAAGCAUCAACUCAUUCAUAAGGACUUAUCCUAUCGAAGUCGUGGAUGCAUUCUCUUCAUAUAGAAAAUGCAUAUACUAUUUGGACGGCUAGGGGCCGUAAUUAAAUUUAUUCUUGGAACUAUUAAAAAUAUAUUUAUACAUACUUAAUCUAUGAGUAAAGAGUGUCAUUAUAUAUGCAUCAAGUUUUUACCCAAUAGACUCGACUUUUUUGUCUGAACUUGAAACUUUAUUAACAAUAAAAAAUGUAUC